AAACAGACCGACGGAGCAGCUGAGAGCCUCUAUAGUUUUCUCGGAAAGAGAGGAAAAAGAGGCAGGAAAUUGCCGCAAUAAAAAUAAGAAUUUGCUGCUCUGCAUCGAUCUAUGCAACCGUGGCUCAACGCUUCGAUUUCAAAAUUAUUGUGCGUUGUUGAUACCAUUAAUAUCAAAAUUUAUUAUGAACUGUUUUGACAAGCUUCGCUCUUCUUCCAAUCACAGCCGCUUCAUUGCCGGCCUUCUCAUCUUCAUUCUCUACCAUUCUUUCCAGUUAAUUUCCAAUUUCUUGAUUCCUAUACACCCUUAAUUUCAAUUUCAAUCUUAUUCUUCGCAAUUUUCAUCACCACACCUCCCAAACCCAAUCAAACAGUCCAGCAAGCAAUUUCUUCUUCUGUUCCUUCUCAAUCGAUUUCGAUUUCUGUGCAUCUUUUCUCUCGAUCUCGAAUGGAUACCAAUAUCACGUCUCUCCACAAACUCCUGCUCGACGGCACUUUUGCUUCACACAUUGAGAGGAAAAACAGUUCACUACCUACUGUCAUUGUGAUUGGUGGUGGUAUUUCGGGGCUCGCUGCUGCACGUAUCCUAUUCGAUGCAUCUUUUAAGGUAAUCUUGCUAGAAUCACGGGAUAGACUUGGUGGUCGUAUUCAUACUGACUAUUCAUUUGGUUAUCCAGUGGAUUUGGGAGCAUCAUGGCUACAUGGCGUCUGCAAUGAGAAUCCUUUGGCUCCACUCAUACGCUCUCUAGGGCUCACACUAUAUCGGACAAGUGGUGAUGAUUCUGUAUUGUAUGACCAUGAUCUAGAAAGUUAUACUCUUUUCGAUGCGGAUGGACAUCAAGUUCCACAACAGCUAGUCAAAGAAGUUGGAGAUAUAUUCAAGAAAAUUCUUAAAGAGACGGAGAGAAUAAGAGAUGAACACACUGAUGACAUGUCAAUUCUCCAAGCAAUUGGGCUUGUGUUAGAUAGGCAUCCUGAAUUAAGGCAAGAAGGACUUGCAAAUGAAGUGUUGCAAUGGUAUAUUUGUAGAAUGGAAGCUUGGUUUGCAGUUGAUGCAGAUAUGAUAUCACUGAAAACAUGGGAUCAGGAGCAUGUUCUUUCUGGUGGGCAUGGACUUAUGGUACAAGGCUAUGAUCCUAUAAUAAAGGCUCUUGCAAAAGACAUUAGCAUACACUUGAAUCACAGGGUAAGAAAAAUAUGCUAUGGGCCUAAUAAGGUGAUGGUCAUGGUUGAGAACGGAAGGAAAUUUAUAGCUGAUGCUGCUAUAGUUACAGUACCCAUUGGGAUUCUAAAAGCCAAUUUAAUUCAGUUUGAACAGUUGCCAGAGUGGAAGGUUGCUGCAAUUUCAGAUAUUGGUGUUGGCAGUGAAAAUAAAGUUGCAUUACAAUUUGAUAAAGUAUUUUGGCCAAAUGUGGAAUUCUUGGGUAUUGUGGCACCCACUUCUUAUGCUUGUGGUUAUUUUCUCAAUCUUCACAAGGCAACUGGCCAUCCUGUACUUGUCUAUAUGGCUGCUGGUAGGUUUGCAUGUGAUCUUGAGGAGCUAUCGGAUGAGUCUGCUGCAAAUUUUGUGAUGUUACAGCUGAAGAAAAUGUUUCCUGAUGCAACAGAGCCGGUUCUGUAUCUCGUAUCGCGAUGGGGAACAGACCCAAACUCACUUGGUUGUUACGCAUAUGAUGUGGUUGGAAAGCCAGAAGAUGUCUACGAGAGGCUUCGCGCACCCUUGGGAAAUCUUUUCUUUGGAGGGGAAGCUGUUAGCAUGGAUCAUCAGGGAUCUGUUCAUGGAGCUUACUCAGCUGGUGUCGCGGCCGCUCAGAGCUGUCAAAGGCACGUAUUAGAGAGACUUGGUAACCUGGAGAAACUCCAGCUAGUCCCUUUAAGGUGUGAGAUUCAUGAAGCUGCAUUUCCACUCCAAAUCUCAAGAAUGUAAUAUUUUCAUUCAGUGAAGUAUGAGUAGGAUUCAUGAAUGUUAAUCGGUAAAAUUUAAGUUAGUUUUUAUUUUUUUGAUUCCUUAAAAUUGAAGAUUUUUGCAACAGUUAAAUCUUUAUUAAUAAUUAUGAUUGCCUUUAUGUA